AUGAUAUCAAACGAACCAUUUAUCAAACCAGAAAAAGAUACAAAUACACUGUUACAGUCUAUAGAUACAGUUUCACAAUCAAAUUCAGAUAUCGAAUUGCAGGAGACUACUUUCAAAUUCAAUCAAAUAAAAAUACUGAAUGAUAAAGAUAAAGAUAAUAUCAAAGAUGAUAAUAAAUAUCAACAAGCUAAAGUACAAGAAGAAUUUGAUAUUGAAAUACCAAUAGUUAAAACACCUAUUUUAGAAAGAGUAAAAUCUAGAUUAGGUUUUAUUUUAAUAGUUAGCUCUGCAUUUAUCUAUAGUAUCUACUCUUUAUUGAUAGGCGUAGUAGUAAAAAGUGGAAUGCAUAUUUUAGAAAUCAUACUCCUAAGAACUGUUAUUGGUUUGAUGGGUGGAAUAAUAUUCUUACUUUUGAUUGGGGAGAAUCCACUUGGAGACAAAUCAAAACGAUUGAUUUUGGUAUUCAGAGGAAUAUCAUCAACCGGUUCAAUGGUAUGUAUAUUCUAUACUAUCAGUGUAUUGCCUCUGGGUGACGCUAUUGCAAUGAGUUGUUCAACUUUACUAUUUUCUGGUGUACUUGGAUCAACGAUUCUAAAAGAAAAAUGGACAAAAACCUAUUCAAUAUGUACAAUUUUAAGUAUUGUUGGUGUUUUUAUCAUUUCGAAACCAUCAUUUAUUUUUGGAAGUGUUUUAGGAGCAUUCUUUCAAAGUGUAUCAAAUGUAUUUUCAAGAAAGAUCGGAAAAGAUACAAAUCCGUUUAUAAUGGUAGUUUAUUAUCAAUCAAUAGCAAUGUUAAUACUUUUACCCGUAUGUUUAAUUUUAAAUGUAUGGAGAGCUCCAUCACUUAUUGAAUGGUUUUAUCUUUUCUGUAUGGGCGUAUUGGGAUUCAUUUUCCAAGGAACUGCAAAUAGAGCUUUCCAAAUUGAAAAUGUUGCAAAAAUGUCUCCAUUAACUUACACUGAAAUUAUAUUUACAUACAUUUUGCAAAUAAUAUUUUUUAAAGAAAGUCCCGAUCUCUUUUCAAUAUUUGGGUCAAUUUGUAUUAUAUUAUGUGCUUUUGUAAGUCCAAAAGAAAAAAGAUUACUCCUAUCAGUUCGAGGACUAUUUGGUACAUUCGCCGUGGCAUCUGUAUUCUUCACUUUUACAGUUCUACCACUCUCUGAUGCUGUUUGUGUUAGUUUUACCACACCAGUUUUUACCGCUGCACUUGCUUGCAUUGUCCUCAAGGAAAAAUGGGGAUAUAUCGAUGCAAUUUCUACUAUAUUAAGUUUUAUUGGUGUUGGAAUCAUUUCAAAACCAUCAUUUAUUUUUGGUUCUUCAGUAAAACAGGACUCAUCAGAACCAGAUAGCGGAUUAAGAUUUAUUUAUAUAUCAAUUGGUUUAAUAGGAUCUUUUUUCUCAGCUUGUGCUUAUGUUGCGGUAAGAAAAAUAGGAUCAGGAACCAAUGCAUUGGUUAUGGUGUCUUAUUUUUCAUCAGUUGCUAUUCUGCUAACUUUACCAGCUUCCUUUCUUCUCCAAAGCUUUAAAAUCCCAAAUUUAAUAGAUUCCUUACUCCUUAUUGGAAUGGGUGUAUCUGGUUUGGGAUACCAAGCAUUUUUAAACAAAUCUCUGCAAAAGGAAAAAGCUGCCAAAGCUUCAGCAAUGAGCUAUACUCAAAUUAUUUUUUCACUUUUAAUGGAGGUUACAAUCCUAAAAGAACGUCCAGAUCUACUAACAAUUAUUGGAACCUUAAUAAUUUUAAGUUGUUCCAUUUUUGCUUUUAGAAAAUAA